AUGCCGCCAACGCAAUCGUCAACUCAUUCAGAUAGCGGACCGGAAAAGGCCGUAGACGGAAUUAGAAACACGGAUUUGAUUGAUGGUGUGUCCUGCACUCACACUGUAGCCGAUUCCUAUUCUUGGUGGUUGGUUGAUCUUCUGAAGGAAUAUUACAUCAUUUCCGAGAGAAUGCUAAACCGUGGACCGGACAGAUCUGGAAUUGAUACGUCGGAUCGUCUUCGUAAUGUUACCAUCACUACGAGAGUGCACCCAAACUAUACUUCCAUAUUUUGUGGCUUCUAUGCUGGACCAGGAAAACCCUCUGAACUGGUUAGGGUUGAUUGUCCACCCUUCACUAGAGGACGUUACGUCCAGAUUAACUUAUAA